AUGCCAACAUCUGCAAUAGCAAUAAGAAAUGCCGUGUUAAGGGCGACAGAUCCUAAGUUGCGAAGUGACAACUGGCAGUACAUUUUAGAUGUGUGCGAUUUGGUAAAGGAAGACCCCGAAGAUAAUGGGCAAGAGGUAAUGGUCCUCAUAGAGAAGAGGUUGGAACAACAAGAUGCUAAUGUGAUAUUAAGAGCGCUCUCUUUAACUGUAUCUUUGGCAGAAAACUGUGGUUCUCGUUUAAGACAGGAAAUCAGUUCAAAACAUUUCACAUCAUUGCUAUAUGGCCUUAUCGAUAAUGAUUCAGUGCAUAUUACUCUAAAGAAGGCAGUCGCUGAUGUUGUCAGGCAGCUUUCUGACUCAUUUAAGGAUGACCCAUCAUUGCGCGCCAUGGGAGAUAUGUAUGGCAAAAUUAAGAGAAAAGCACCAUACUUGGUAGAACAACCUAACGUACCGGACAAGCAUAAUAUGAGCAGUCAUGCUGACAAUUCGGAUGAUGAGGAAUUACAAAAGGCACUAAAAAUGUCCCUGUUCGAAUAUGAGAAGCAAAAAAAACUACAAGAAAAGGAAAAAGAAGGUUUUGAAGUUCUUCCACAGCAACGAAAUCAGCCUUCUGCUCAUACAACAUCGAGGCAAACAGUCGUGAAAAAAGUGCGAGCCCUGUAUGAUUUGGCUACAAAUGAAUCUGAAGAGCUAUCUUUUAGAAAGGGUGAUGUCAUCAUAGUACUGGAACAAGUAUAUAGAGACUGGUGGAAGGGAGCACUUCGAGGAAAAAUGGGUAUAUUCCCAUUAAAUUAUGUAACACCGAUCAGCGAGCCAUCGAAAGAGGAAAUUGAAAAGGAAAGGACUAAAGAAGCAAUGGUAUUUACUCAAAAAGCCACUGUAGACCAACUUCAUAAAUCCCUAAGUGCCGCAUCGAAAACAGGAAAUUCAAAUGAAGUUUUGCAAGACCCCCGUAUUGGCGAUAUGUACGGUUCUGUGACGCCCUUAAGACCACAAGUUACAAGAAUGCUGGGUAAAUAUGCUAAGGAAAAAGAAGACAUGAUAUCUUUGCGUCAAGUCCUAGCAAACGCGGAACACACUUAUAAUCAACUAAUGGAUCGUGCAGCUAAUGAUCACAUUGCACCUCCAGUCCCAGUUCCCACCCUUUAUACGGGAAUACCUAGUGCUGAUACUACUCCAUUAAUACCACCUCAGAGACAAAGUUUCCAAAACCGGGACUAUGCAUCUUAUCCUUCUACUCAACCAAUCGGAAAUUCUGCAAAUAGUAGAACGAAUAAUCCUCAGUAUGGUUAUGAUGUCGGAUACUCAGUUGUUAGUCAACCACCACCCGGUUAUGAGCAAUAG